UAUUGACAUUGUUUUGAUAGGGUAUCAUAGCGUAAGCAUAAAGAAAGCAUAUCAACAACACACACGUAAUAAACGCCGCUUAUUUUCAUACUCGCACAAAUGGAAUUCAGAUAUGUCAAUGUAUUAUUUGCCGAGCUUGGCUAUAAAAGGGAAGCGAUCGACUCCAGUUUCAGUCAGCGCGUGAUCAUCUACGAAUAAAUAUAGCUUGAUAAGUGUAAAAUCUAAAAUCUAUUGCAAAGCUUAAAAUGAAAACUUGUGCAUAAAAUGUGUAAAAGGAAAUAUAUUAUUCAGAUUUUUCUGCCUUUUAUCGUGAUCCUGUUCAUAAAGUUGCCACCGAUACAGGCAAGUUUUAAUCGUGAUCAAGCGUUGCUUCGGGCCAUUGACGAUGGCACACUGCUUAUUGAAGCAGCCCAGGAUCGAAACAUCACUUUGCGUCUGAUGGGAGGUGCUGCCUCAUUGCUGCUCAACGAAGUGGAUAUUGUUGCCUUGUUGCAGCGACGCCGACGUGCAGCCACCGCACAAUCAACAGCAACACACCGAGAGCCCUUGUCCCUGGAUGCACUCAAGGAGGAGUUUCGUGGUGUUCAACGCGAUCUCAAUCGACUCGUGCGUUGGCUGAGUAACAUGCACAAUGGCACUCGACGUGGUGGCCUCAGUCAGCGCGUGCUACGACGGACUCUGCAACGUGUCCAGGUCGUGGGAAACACCUUAACAACGCUGGAAUCCAAUCUACGUCUCAACGAGUGUGCCUCUAAUCCCUGCAAGAAUGGCGGCACCUGUCAUGACGCCUAUAAGUCCUUCCAGUGCAUCUGUCCCAAGAACUGGCAAGGCGCCACUUGCGAAGAUGAUGUGAAUGAGUGCUUCGAUUUGGCCAGCACAGAUUUGGACGUCUGCAUGAACGAUGCCCAGUGCAUCAAUACUCCUGGCAGCUAUCGCUGUGUGUGCCGCACUGGCUACUCGGGAGUUCAUUGUCGACUGCAUCACAACGCCUGCCUGAGCAACCAGUCAGCGGAGCUGUGCGGCAAUCAUGGCACCUGCCUGUCCGCCAGCAAUGCAGCUGGCUAUGUGUGCAUCUGUGAUCAGGGCUGGACGUGGGCAGAUGCGAAUGUGACUCAGGCAAGCGCCAGUCCCUGCACACGGGAUGUGGACGAGUGUGCACCCGAGAUAAAUCCCUGCCACGAUGAGUGCAUAAAUUUGCCGGGCAGCUUUCGUUGUGCCGCCUGUCCGCCAGGCUACACUGGGGAUGGUAAGUACUGUCGGGAUAUCGAUGAGUGUCGAGACGGCAACAAUGGUGGCUGCAGUCAGCGUCCGACGGUCAGCUGCUGUCCCAUUGGCUGGACGGGUGAUGGGAGAAGCUGCUCGCCGACCAAGUCCAAUUCCUGCGACGGCGAACAGAUUUGCAACGAUCACGCCAAAUGCGAAUACAUCUCGGAGACGGUGGUUUGCAGCUGUCGAAUCGGUUACUAUGGUCAUGGCUAUGGCGCCGAUGGCUGCACCGAAGAUUCGGAUCGAAAGCCCUGCGACAAUCAUCGCUGCCAGAAUAAUGGCACCUGUGUACUGAGUGGCCGUGGCACCAGCUGCAUUUGCCAGCCGGGCUACAAGGGUGCCCUGUGCAUGGAGUCAGAUGCUUGCCAUCCGAAUCCCUGCCACAAUGGCGGCACCUGCCGCCUACUGCCACGAAAUGAGUUCAUGUGUGUUUGCCAAGCCGGCUACUCAGGCAGCAGCUGCUCUCAUCUACGCAGCUUCUGCGGCAUCUCGUUGCGCAAUGAGACUGGCAGCGUACGCUUUCCACCCAGCGAGGACAGAACUCAGUUGGCAUAUGAACCGAAUGAGCGGUGUCCCUUCACCAUUGCCACUCGACAUGGAAUGAUCUUGAAUGUGACCUUUACCUUCUUUGAUCUGGAGAACAGCACCGAUUGCACUGCCGACUUUCUGCAGUUGCACGAUGGCAACUCCUUGUCUGCCCCACUUAUUGGACGCUUCUGUGGCCAGCAGUUGCCGCUCGGUAAUGGCACUGUUAUGACCACACAGUCGCAAUUGUUCCUCUGGUUUCUCUCGAACAAUGCCACGCAGGGACAUGGGUUUAAUCUAACCUGGAGCUCAAUGCCCAUGACAUGUGGCGAGGAACUCAUCCUGAAAAUGGGUCAGACGGGUGUGCUGCGCUCUCCCGGUUAUCCGGGCAAGGCGCAACGCGGCAUAGACUGUCGCUGGAAAUUGUUGGCGCGCUUUGGCACACGUUUCCUGCUGCACUUUUAUGAGAUUACACUGGGUCCCUCUGAGAGUCGAACGCCGCAGUCAAGCAAUUGCAGUGAAGGAGAUUAUCUGAGCAUAUAUGAAACGAAUCGACAGCUAUAUCGGACCUGUCAAUCGGCUGAGCCAGCGCCUCUCUACAGCUCAGUGAAUCUCUUAAGCUUGCACUUCCACACAGAUUUGGUGCGCAUGGACAGCUCGUUCCAAGUGCAUUACGAGGUGAUUGCUGGGCAUCCCAAUUGCGGUGGCAUUUUUACUGAAGCGAGUGGUCUAAUAAUUGGCCACAUGAAUUCCUUCAUUUGUUUGUUCCUCGUGCAACAGCCAAAGGGCACCAGAAUCCAGCUCUUUUUCGAGCAACUCGAUUUCAUGGAUUGCCUGCUGCAGAGUGUUGAGGUAUUCGACGGGUCCAGCGUUGAUCAGCCGCUGCUAGGACGUUUCUGCAACAUGAUGCAAGCCAAUCAGCACUUUCUUUUAUCUAGCAGCAAUCUGAUUCUACUGCGUUAUGAAUAUCUGCUGGCAGGCUUCGAGCUGCCAAGUAAUUUUAAAGUGCGAUACACUCGAGUUUGCGGCGCUAAUAUAACAUCAAAUUCGGGAGAUUUAUCGACCCCAAACUAUCCGAAUGGAUACUUGGAGAACUUGGACUGCACAUACUAUAUAAAUAUUCCUGUACAAUAUAAGAUCCGACUUACAAUAAUCGAUCUAUCGAUUAGUGGGAAGGAAACAAUCUCUGCUGAGCAUCAGGAUGACGACGAAUCUAUAAAUUUUUCAAUUCAACCGAACUAUUUGGAUGUUUAUUUUUCUCGGAACUCAAGCGAUAAACAACGGUACACGCAAAAUCUGACCAAUGUUGUUUUGGUCUCCAAAAAUAACCAGAUGCGACUGCACUUCCAUGGAGUUAGCAAUCCUCAGCGUGCUCGUGGUCUUCGGUUUCAAUUCGAGGCAACCUCCGCGGAAUGUGGAGGCGUCUUUACUUCCACGCAGGACACCUACGAAUAUUUUAUUCGCAAUACUAUUUGCGAAUGGAUUAUUGAAGUGCCAGGCAGAAAGCAUCUGCAUAUAGUAAUGGUUGACUACGUGGGACGAGGAAAAUUACAGUUAUUUGAUAACAGCACUGUGGGGGAAGGGAAACUACUUCGAAAUUUCAAAGGGGGACAACUAGAGCCAUUUGAACUGAGCGAAGACAUCGAUUCGAAUCUUCUGACAAUAAGAGCAUUUGGGGAACAAUUUAUCUCACAACUAAAUUUUGAUUACAAACCAGCUAAUGACAUGUGUGGCGGCACUUACUCAGCACGCUACGGUAUCAUUAAGAGUCCCAAUUGGCCAGAUAAAUAUGGUUCAUCUGAGAAUUGCACUUGGAUCAUUAGGGUGCCGUUCGGAGAACGCCUUGAGCUUAUUGUUCACAAUUUUACAACGGAAAGUACUUCGGAUCGCUGCACUGAUGACUAUGUGGAGAUCAGAAAUGGCGACCAAUCGGAAGCACCGUUGAUAGGACGCUACUGUGGUUUUGAUAUUCCACCGCGACUGCCUUCCUAUGCAAAUGCCCUAUAUAUACACUUUCACUCUGAUGCACUAAUGGAGGAAAGUGGCUUCCAUUUCAACUGGCAGAUCACAACCGUUGGAUGCGGCGGCAAGCUGACGUCAUCGUCAGGUUCUAUACACUCGCCACACAGCAUGUCGGGCAAUCGAGGUGCUCUGGCCUGCGAUUGGCAGAUCAGUGUGUCUGCUGGAUCAACGGUGGAUCUGCAGCUGCAGAGCCGUGACGAUCUGUGCAAUGGUCUCUUGUCCUUAUACGAUGGACCCACUGUUGGUAGUCCCAAACUGCCACUGAACUGCAGCAUUGUAGGAGAGAAAUUGGCAUUGCGAUCCAGAGGAAAUCAAGUGUUGGUGCGCUAUAAUGUGAAUGACGAAUCACCUGAAGGCAUGCAUUUUCUACUGGACUACACUACCAAUUGCAUUGUGCGCUUGGAGCAGCUGAGUGGCGCCAUUGAGACACCCAAUUUCCCCGAUAAAUAUGACACCAAUACCAAAUGCGAGUGGGACAUACGAGCUGGAGAGGCCAAGAGUCAUGUGCAGUUGGCUAUCUCCCACAUGAGCUUCGAAGCCGUUGAUCCCGAUUGUGCUUUUGACUACGUGCUGCUUCGCGACUAUCGGAACACUCAGCUCGUGAGCGAGCGACGUUUAUGCACCGCCACUCAAGAUGUCGUCACUAGUGUGGGUAAUCGACUGGUGCUGCAAUUCAAUAGUGAUACAUCGAUCGGAUCACAGGGUUUCCAUGCCGAAUUCAAGCGUGUGGGCUGCGGCGAAGAGUUGCGCGCUGCCAGUGGCAAGAUUGAGACACCGAAUGCUCCAUUCAGUGUCGAUGAGGAUUGCCAGUGGCACAUCCUUGUUUCCGAAGGCUAUCAAAUCGAACUCUCCAUUGAGGAGUUGCACAUUGAGACACCGCAACACGAUUGCAGUCAGGAUACGCUGACCGUUUGGUCUGGCAGCAAUGCAUCUGAUGUCAUGCUGCGCAGUUGCCAAGUGGAGUUCACUGCUCAAAAAUUCUCCUCCCCAGCAAAUGAGCUGCAUAUCCGAUUCCGUAGCAGCACGCAACGUACUCGCAAAUACAUGAAAGCCACGUACACUCAAGUGCCAGCCAGGUGUGGAGGCACCAUUAGUGCGAGCAGCGGACUUAUUGCAUCUCCCAGCUAUUACCAGCAAGGCUUGGAUGUUUAUGAUAAGGAUAUCGAGUGCGUAUGGGUCGUAGAGGUUGAACAUCCCUAUACUAUUCAAUUCAGCUUCGAUGUUUUCAAUUUUACAACGAAUUCCGAGCUGUCUAGUCUUUUAAUUUAUGGCUCCAAGCAUUUGAAGAAAGGAGAUUUAAUUAAGCCGGCACAUUUCAGUAUUCAAUACAGUGGCAACGACCCUUUAGAGUCCUUAACAAUGGAGGGCACUGUUCAUGUGACAUUUAAAGCCAAAAAAGGUGCAUGGGGUAAGUUUGCGAUGCGGUUUCAACGAGGAUGCGGCGGUAAGAGAAUUGACCACGAGGGUUAUCUAAACUCUCGACUCGAUACAAAUUGCAUUUGGGAAAUUCAGUCAGAAAAUGGAACUAGAAUUUCACUUAACAUUAAUCAACUGGAGUGUCCAUGCACAUCACAAGGUAGCAAUUGCACGACAGGAUUAUGGAUAUACAACGAUGAGGAUGAUGUGCUUUAUUAUAAUCUAUGCAAAGAGCAUCCGAAUAGUUUGGUUAUCCCCACUAACGUGGCACGCAUUGAAGCAGUGGGCAUUGUGCUAGCAGCUCAAUAUAGCACCCUCGAUAAUUCCUGUGGAGGUACAAUUAAGUCCGCUCGCGGCACACUUAAUUCUCCCAACUAUCCGGACAGCUAUCCCUCAAAUGUGGAAUGCGAAUGGCAAACGAAUCUCCGUCCUGGCAAUGCCAUUGAACUAAGAUUCGAGGCAAUGGACAUUUUCAAGUCCGAACACUGCAAUUUCGAUUUCCUGGAAGUACGUGCUGGUAAGACGGGCUCCUUACUGGGUCUAUACUGUGACAAUGUGCUGCCUGUGGAGCCCCUGACUGUUAGCUCGGACGUCUGGGUGAAAUUCCGAAGUCAGUCUGGCAGCACUGGCAAAGGAUUCAAGUUACGCUGGAAUUAUGCUCACGUCAAUGAAUUUUCAAAUAUCACAAGUGGUAAGAUCGAAUCGCCACCAACGCUUGCGGUACGUGGCGAUGAGCAGCCUUACAUUUGGCGCAUCUUUGCAGAACUUGACUCGAUUAUCGUGAUUGACUUUAAGGAGUACAACACUGGACUGCAGCUGUUUGAUGGUUUUGAUGACACCGGAUUGCGCAUCCCAAUACAGAACUCGCCCUGGCAGUUCACCUCGAGUAGCAAUAUCAUCUAUCUGAAAACUGUAAAUGCAGAUUUCGACGCCUUUCUGUUGAAUUGGCACAUUCAGAGAACUGAUCAUCUGGUCGGCAAUGUGACGCUAACCGAAGGAUGUGGCAUGAGCUACAUAGUGGGACGCGAAGACCGGAUUCAAGUAAUGUCACCAGGGUAUCCACAUGGUUAUCGACCGAGGUUGAACUGUGAGUGGGAGUUCAAGGCACAGGACGAUGAUCGCCAUGUCGUUGCAAAACUUUAUGAUGCCAGUCUGGAGGUAUCGGACAAGUGCGCGCUAGACUAUCUGAGCAUUCAGACUUCAAGCAAUAUGGUGGAUUGGCAGGAGCAGUUGCAUGUCUGCAAUAUGAGCGCAACUUCGCUCUUAAAACGCGUCGAAGGCACACCGUAUCUAAAAAUCAAGUUCAUCUCUGACGUAUCUAUGAAUGGUACCGGCUUUAGAGCAGUUGUCGAAACCAAUUGUGGUGGCAAUAUGACUGGUAAGGUGGGCACCAUCAUGAUUCCUAAGAAGGAAAGGUUGUGGUAUCAAUAUAUGGAAGAUAGUAUCGUCUGUGAGUAUCACAUCAAUGUACGACCCGGCAGUGUCGUCGACAUAAGCAUCGAGUAUCAUUCAGAGGCUGUCAACAACACUUGCACGCACUAUGGACUCAUCUAUGAUGGUGUCGACACCGGAGCACCGAUGUUGCCGCACGGCAAGUUCUGCAACCAAUUGAAUUUUAAUAAGAAGUCAUAUCGGACGAGUGGGCCACAUGCUACCAUCAAAUAUUUGACGUUCGAAAAAUGGAAUAACCGCAUGGGAACUAGGCACGUGCAGAACAACUGGACACUAACAUAUCGAGAGUACAAUGAUUGUCAAUCUGAAAUUCGACUAACCCAUCUCUCGCCCAGCUACGUGCUUAGCACUCCCAAGUAUCCGGAUUAUCCUCCAGCAUACUCGGACUGCACGUGGUUGAUAGUGGCACCGUUGGGCGAAACCGUUUUAGCCACUUUCGUAGAUAUCUUCGACUUGAGUGUUCAGAAUUGCGACAAGGAGUUUGUCGAGCUCUACGACGGUUCAACAAUGCUCUCACGUCGUCUACUCCGCACAUGCCACAAGCCAGCGACUAUAAGAAGCUCUGGAAAUCUGCUGCUGGUGCAUUACCAGUCGGAGCUCAAUGAACCCCAUGCGGGUUUCUCGCUAAAUGUCUCGGUGAGUCAGUGCGGUGGCGAGCACACUUCUCUGAGUGGUGUCAUCAGUUCCGUUCACUAUCCCUUCCUGGGCGGCUAUCCCAAGCCGGCGGAAUGCGAGUAUACCGUCAAAACCCGGUCGGAUACACAUAUCGUUAUCAACAUUACCGAUUUGAAUGUGCCCUAUGAUGUGGCAGCAAAUGCAAAUGAUUUGGAUCGCCUUGAGUUCUUGGAUAUGGUAGAUGAACGACGUGUCAUGUUAAUACUUUAUGGAAAUCUCACAGAGAUACCCUAUUCGAUUCCCUUUUCAACAAACGAACUUGCUGUGCGAUUCGUGACAAAGAACUCUAAGCUUAAUACAUACCGAGGAUUUAGUCUACAAUAUAACAAGGUUGUUGGUGCGUGCAAUCACGCUGUCAAUGCUGUUUCUGGGGAGCUACAACUAUCACGGACUUUAAUUCCUGAGAAGUGGGCGCGGUACUGCCAGUGGCGUAUUAUGGUGCCAAAGGGUCAACGCGUUCGCUUUGAAUUCCUCAACCUAGAUGAGCUGCGUUCCGUUACUCCGAUACCCCCCACUCAAUCAAAACAAUCAAUUGUCUCGUCGGAAUUGCACGUUAUCGCCUACAAUGACAUGGGAUGGUUGUCAAAAAUAGUCGAUUUUAAUUUCAAUACCUACAAUGGUAGCAGAUUUAUUGAAUCUACCGAUAAUCUUUUGAACAUCAAAAUUAUACUCCGGUCCUCCCUGCCGCGAAAGACGAUCCGUGCACGCUUUUCGUCGUUGGAAGCCUCCUCCUGCCCGCCGGACAUUAAUAAACAGGCUGCAGGCAUGCUUUCCAAUGUGGAGAUGUUGCAAGUGCCCCGCUAUUACUGUCACUUGCACUUCUUGUCCGAUCCGCAGGUAACCAUCAGCUUUAAUGUCACAUACUCCAUGGUGAGGCAUGGUGGUUUGGUCAGGUUCUCCGAUCAGCUGCAAAGGGAGCUGAAAAUAUUGCGUCCAGGAGAUGCAACUUUCUCGCUGGCGACCACAUUUGGGCGCAUUGAGAUCGUUCAAAGAGAGCCGGACAUUGGGUUUAAUUUCCGGGCUACUUAUAGACGUUACGCAUGUGGCGGAAACAUUAGGUUGAUGGACGGCACCACAAUGCAGCUGCCACUGUUGAGGGAACACUUUGGCGCCCUCGAAUGUGUAUGGACGCUGAAUAAUGAUAACUUUAACCGCUUACAAGUCAAUGCCAGUAGUUUAAGCUUCGCUGAUCGCUGUGAGAAUGAAUAUGUGAGCAUCUCAGUCAAAUUCGGAGACGGUGAACUGAGUAGAUUCUGUCGCGACACGGUCGUGACCAGCAACAGCACACUACCAUUUAGACUCGGCUACGUGGUGCGUUAUCAUGCAACUCAGUAUCAAGCAGGAAGCAGCGAGUUCCAGCUGAUUGCCAACAAAAAACUAAAAGAUUCGAGUUUGGGAGUCGGAAUUAUAGUGCUAUAUGGAGAUAGGCCAGCGCCUCUAGUGACUGUUGGUCCAUUAGAAUACAAAAACAACAUUGAGCUUAUGUGGGAGUAUCAAGCGCCGUCGGAUUUGUCGCUGCGUUUGGAGUUCCGGGAUCGGUUCUUCAUUGAGAUGGCGCCCAAUUGCAGCAAGGAUCGCCUAGAGGUGCUCGAAUAUAGAGCAGAUCUCUGGCAAACGAUAGACACACUCUGUGGACGAGAGUUGCCUGCGCCUCAGAUUACACGUUCGAAUCGUCUACGUAUUAUCUUUCGCACCAAUGACAACAUCACAGCUGAUGGCUUCACCUUCAACGUCUCCACAACCUGUGAUAUGAAGCUCCAGGUGAGCAGGGAGCUGCAAACGCAUAGCGGUGGCAAUACCUAUCAAAGCACCUCGAAUAACGACAUGCGUUGCAAUUAUGAGUUCGUCACGGACACCAAGCACCAACUGGUGGUCACCGUCAUACCCAAGGGUAAUCCGGCUUGGCUGCAGCGGGCCUGUCGUAAUUCCUACUUUGAUGCAUAUCGAACAGUAAAUGGGAAGGAGCAGCUGAUUAAUCAGACCAUGUGUCCCAGUUUCGAGGUUAGCGGAUAUGAACGUCUGCGUCUUGUUUUUACGACAAUGUCUUCCACAUUUCCCUUCGAGCUGCAGUAUCAGUUGGUUGGCUGUGGUGGCAAUUACACUGCUCCAUUCACGCUGCGUCCGCUGCUCUCUGACCUGGGCAGCACCUACAAGUCUCGCCAGGAGUGUAAGUGGCAUGUGCUGGCGCCGCCACAGCAUGCGAUCUUUCUUCGCUUCAAGUACUUUGAGCUUGAGAACCGUUGUCAGUAUGGCGAUUUGAGCAUCUAUCGUGGCAAUAGUCACAGCAAGGAGCAGCUGAUCAGUAAAUUGUGUGGUAACUUGACCAGUCCAUCCGUCAUGGUCGACAGCAAUGAGGCAUUGAUUGUGGCCACUUUACCCCGCUAUAUGGAUGAAAGUGGACGAGGCUUUGUGGCCAGCGUGCACUUUACGCCCAAUUGCAACGAACGUCUCGCGCUUAGCGAGGGCAACACUCGGUUGGAUCUGGUACGAUCCUAUCAGCUGAAUGCCAGCACUGCUGGCGAUGAAUUGCAUUGUUAUUUCCGCGUUAAUGUGCCGCUCGGUAAUCGUGUUUCCGUAUGGCUGAAGCAGCUCCAACUGAAUGAGCUAGCUUGUCCUAAAUGCAGCUCACUUGAGAUCUUAGAUGGCUUCGAUGGCAACAGUGCCAGUCUGGGCAGCUAUUACUCCCAUUUGGGAAACGGCACCAAGCUCUACAGUUCCUACAAUGAAAUGGUAAUCAAACUGAGCGCCAUUGCGCCUUCGAAGAACAUCAGCUUUGAGAUACUGUUUGAAAUAGAACCGAGUUUCUGUGGCCAACUUAGCUAUACUCUAGGCAGGAAUGAGUCCAUCAAUCUUCGCUUGAGUUCAAAGGGUAUCUCCAGCACUUUCCAGGGCAAUGUUCACUGUCAGUGGCACUUCACCACUGUUCUUGACAUUCAAAUCGAUGUGCAUGACGUGCAAUUGUCGGAUAUCUCUCCACUGACCCGCAAAUGCGUCGACUAUGUGUUUAUCAAGGGCGAUUACUUUGACAGGUAUUAUUGCGGAGAAUUCAGCAAUACCACUUGGUAUCUCCCCUACAGCAGAAGCUUCAAUGUGAUCUUCCACAGUUCUGGAAGCGAUAUAAGCUAUGAACUAAACUUGACAAUAAGGCCGAAAAUAAAUUGCAACCGUACCUUUGUAUCUUUGGAUGGGAUUUUGAAUUAUAAUGGCAUGGAAAGAUCCGAGGCCAAAAAUUGCAUUAAUGAAAUUCAUGUACCAAACGGAUACGCUGUGGCCCUUGAAUUAGAUUUUGUGCACUUUUAUCAGUUCAUAGAUUCAGGACAUCUGUUGAUUACAGACAUGGGCGCAAAUCGUACGCUCUUAAAUGCUACAAAUGACUACAAAUCGAAGCCUGCCUCCUUUUUGAGCACCUCAAACGCGAUUCGCAUUGAUUCAUCCAAUGUAGGAAGUAUAUCAAUAUUUUACCAUUCCAACGUAAACACACUGCCGGCUGGUUGUGGAGGGAAUCUAACCAGCUUGGAAGGUCAGCUUGCGUAUCCGCCAUAUGAUAAUCAUGACUUUUCUGAGUGCACGUGGUACAUUUCGGUUCCAGCCGGAAUCACACUACAAUUCUAUUUCAAAACUUUCGACAUGGGCUCAGCCACCAAUUGCGACCUCAAUAAUAUUAGUGUUUACGAAAAACUUGACGAUGAUUCCGAAACUCAACGGCGCUUUUGUGGCUCUACUAUGCCUGCAGCGUUUAAUAUGCAAAGUGAUCGCAUAAGAAUUGUGGCCAAAAAAUCACCAAAUUUCGUUGGCAGCGGAUUUCGAUUGUCUUAUAAUCAUUUCAAUGUCUAA